CUCGCCAGUAGUAAGAGAUGAGUUGAGAUGAGAUGAGUUACAAAAUAUCUGGAACCAAGAUUAACCUCUAUCAUACUGAUGGAAAGAACAAAGUGUGGAGGAAGAAAGGACCUGCUGAUGGUCCAUAAGAUACACCAUUGGACAUGCACAUUGAAGCCUGAGAACAGACAUGGCCGCAACCCAGUCAAUGUUAGCUGUAGCCGUGUGUGUCCUGAUGAUCAGUGAGACGAUCUUGGCCCAGAAAGAUUACUAUGAAAUCCUGGGUGUUCCCAAAGAUGCCUCAGAGCGCCAAAUCAAGAAGGCCUUUCACAAACUGGCCAUGAAGUAUCAUCCAGACAAGAACAAAAGCCCAGAUGCAGAGUCAAAGUUCAGGGAGAUUGCUGAGGCAUAUGAAACACUGUCGGACAGUAAGAGGAGGCAGGAGUAUGAUCAGAUGAGGAGUAACCCUUUCUCCAGAGAGGGCACACAAGGAACUAGGGGCGGUCAGUUCCAUCAGCCGUUCAGCUUCAAUUUCGAGGACAUGUUUAAAGACUUUGAUAUUUUUGGACAGCCGACACAGUCCCAGCAUAAUAAACAACAUUUUGAGAGCCACUUCCAAGCUCACAAAGAGGCACACAGAAGCAGCUACGAGAAUUCAUUCGGCGGCGACAUGUUCAAUAUGUUUUCAGACUUUUUCUCAUUCAACGAACAAUCCGAGUUUCACGGUUCGGCCAGCCAACAGCGCUGCCACACAGUCACUCAGCGCAGAGGAAACAUGGUGUCCACAUACACAAAGUGCUCCUGAUUUCUUCUGUAAGGACAUGAGUUACUUUAGAUAAUUGAACUUCUUGCUGAUGCUUACUUCUGUGACUGAACCGGUUCUGAGACAUGAGCAGUUAGUGUGGAGUAAUGCUUCCGACUUGACACUUUAAACCAAGGGCUUAAAUUCAGGGUUUUAUCAAAAAUGCUUUUUUUUUUUUUUUUUUUUGCUUUUCCCC